GUGUCAUUGUUCCAUCAUCUGUGGCUUAGAUAUGUCAUUACCGAACAUGUCUGCCUCCAUGGUGGCUAGGGCGACCGUCCGAGCAGUCAGUAAAAGAAAGAUAUUAGCCACAAGAGCGGCUUUAACGCUGACUCCAUCUGCUGUGAAUAGGAUCAGGAGCUUGCUGGAGGAUAAACCAGAAUACCUUGGUCUGAAGGUGGGUGUGAGGACGCGAGGCUGUAACGGUAUGACCUACACUCUGGACUUCACCAAGCAGAAGGAUCAGGCUGAUGAGGAAGUGCUGCAGGACGGUGUGCGUGUAUUUAUAGAGAAGAAGGCCCAGCUCACUCUGCUGGGGACCGAGAUGGACUUCGUGGAGUCCAAGCUGUCCAGUGAGUUUGUCUUCAACAACCCCAACAUCAAGGGCACCUGCGGUUGUGGAGAGAGCUUUAACAUGUGAAAGGGCUUCCUGCUGGGGACCUGGCCUCCCUACACAGCCAAACGUCAUCCUCGCACCCAUACUUACCACCCAUAAACCCCACACAUACAUCUCCCAACCCUCUCACACUUCCCUUCCCUUCCUGGAGGCCUGUGAGUGAAGUGAAUAAAGGCCUGAUGGACACAACGUGAGAGGAGGAGUGAGACGUGGUGUGAAGUUCUCUGAGACAGACAUGGGAUGUUUCUGUGCUGCUACGGAAUGAGUUGUGUUGCUGUGGGUCUUGUGAUGGUGUACUUGUAGGGCUAAUAUCUUAACACUGGGCUGUGACAUGCUGAGCCCCCUGAAACCUUGUUACGUAGACAUGCAUGUGGUUCUGGCAGUAACCAUAGAAACAGUACCUGAGAUACUUGGAGAGCUGCCAAAGUAAAGGAAACACCAACAUAUAGUGUCUCAAUGGUGCGUUGGGCCUCCAGAACUGCUUCAGUGCAUCUUGGCAUGAAUUCUACAAGUGUCUGGAACUCUAUUGGAGGGAUGAGGAGACCGUUCUUCCACGAGAAAUUCCAUCGUUUUGGUGUUUUUUUUUGUGGACGGUGGUGGAAAACGCCGUCUCAGGCGCCGCUCCAGAAUCUCCCCGUAAAGUGUUGAAUUGGGUUGAGAUCUGGUGACUGAGACGUAAACCAUAUAUGCCAUGGCCGUCGUUUUCAUGCUCAUCACACCAUUCUGUGACCACUGCCAUCCACAGGGCAGGAAACUAAUGGCCCACCCAAAAUUUGUAUACAUACCCCUAAGCAUGAUGGGAUGUUAAUUCCUGAAUUAACUCAGGAACCAAACCUGUGUGGGAGCACCUGCUUUCAAUUUACUUUAUCCCUAAUUUACGCCAGUGUUUCCAUUAUUUUGGUAGUUACCUGUAGGUUGAAUAUAGUCACAUGACGUGUUGGGCGUGUUUGAUGGGUAAUGCUAAAGUCACCGACUGUAGACAAGUCGAGGAAGCAGCAUGACAUGGUUUCCUAAGAGAGGGCUGGAGGUCUGUGAGUGCCUCAAUAGUGCUGCCCAUGCUAUCUCAAUUUUAAAGUAGUCAAUUUUCUUCAUUGGCUGGGGCCUCCCAAGUGGCUCAGCGGUGCCAAGAGUGUGCAAAGCUGUCAUCAAGGCAAAGGGUGGCUAUUUUGAAGAAUCUGAAAUAUAAAAUAUAUUUUGAUUUGUUUAACACUUUUUAUGGUUACUAGAUGAUUCCAUAUGUGUUAUUUCAUAGUUUUGAUGUCUUCACUACUAUUCUACAAGGUAGAAAAUAAAGAAAAACCCUUGAAUGAGUAGGUGUUCUAAGAUUUUUGAUUGGUGGUGUGUAUAUAUAUAUGUGUGUGUGUAUAGGCCUAUAAGAGUGUGUGUAUAUAGGCCUAUAAAUAAUGAACAAAACAUUAGGACAAAACAUUAAGAACACCUUCCUAAUAUUGAUCUGCACCCCCUUUUUCCUUCAGAACAGCCUCAAUUUGUCGGGUCAUGGACUCUACAAGGUGUUGAAAGUGUUCCACAGGGAUGCUGGUCCAUGUUGACUCCAAUGCUUCCUACAGUUGUGUCAAGUUGGCUGGAUGUCAUUUGGGUGGUGGACCAUUCUUGAUACACACAGGAAACUGUUGAGGGUGAAAAACCCAGCAGCGUUGCAGUUCUUGACACAAACCGGUGCGCCUGGCACCUACUACCAUACCCCGUUCAAAGGCGCUUAUAUGUUUUGUGUUGCCCAUUCACAGUCUCAAUGCUUAAAAGUCCUUCUUUAACCUGUCUCCUCCCCUUCAUCUACACUGAUUUGAAGUGGAUUUAACAGGUGACGUUAAUAAGGGAUCAUAGCUUUCACCUGGAUUUACCUGGUCAGUCUGUCAUGGAAAGAGCAGGUGUCCUUAAUGUUUUGUCCACUCAGUGUAUUGCUAUAUAGGCUUUGUGCUGUGAAUACUACAGAUAUGUAACUAGUGUACAGUUGGUGACGCGUCGACUAGAAUAAAUAGAAUUUAAAUCAG